AUGGAGGCCCAUUCCCCGGCCGAGUUUGUAUUUACAAAUAAAUAUCUACCAAAAAAAAUGAGCCGGUCACUACUGCGCUCCGUCCUGGAGCUGCGCACGCCCAUAACACGCCUCCCGCCGCCUCUCCUCCUCCCGAUCCGAGCCCGCAGUCUCGCGACCACAGCUGCGCGGCAUAAUUCCGAGCCGACGACGUCUCCGAGCGCAACGCACACACAGACUACCGUGCCCCCCAUAGCACCCUCCAAACCACCUUCCUCCUCCUCUUCCUCCUCCCCCACCCCCACCCCCUCCGCCGGAACAACGCCAACGACAUCGACCUCAGUCGCGCAGUUCCUGCCGCUGCUGCGCGCGCAGCCGGCGCACUACAUCACGGUGCUGAUCCACGGGCGGCCAUACCUGGUGACGCAGGGGGACCGGAUCCGGCUGCCGUUCCUGAUGCACGGCGUGCUGCCGGGGGACGUGCUGCGGCUGGACCGGGCGAGCACGCUGGGCUCGCGGGACUACACGCUGGUGGGCACGCCGCAUGUCGACCCGGCCCUGUUCGAGUGCCGCGCCACCGUGCUCGGCGUCGAGUCCGAGCCCCUGCGCGUCAAGGUCAAGACCAAGCGCCGCAACCGCCGCUCCCGCCGCGUCGCCAGCAAGCAUCGGUACACCGUGCUCGCCAUUAGCGAGUUGAAGGUUUUGGGGCCUUCUUAG